CACGUCAGUCUCUACCCAAAUCCACACAACCCAAAUUUCCCAAAACCAUGAAAAAAGCUUCCAAUUCGCAAAACUAACUCCACCCCAUCUCUCAAAAUUCAAUCUUUUUUCAAUCUCUGUCCAAAUCUUGAUUAUUAGAUUAGUACUGAUAAUGUCUGUUGCAGCAAUGGGCAUAGUUUCAGGAGGCAUUGGGUAUCUUUCACAGUUGUUUACAAGUGAUAUAGCUGCUUCUACUCAUCAGUUUUGUUGUUUUUCAGUGAAUUCAAGCCCAUUGCAUAUGAAUUUUUCUAGGAGUGGUUGUUUGGUGAAAAGGGGUUCUUUGUUAAGCCCUAGAGUUUCAGUUUCUACUACUGGUAAUGCUAAGAUUGAUGGAGUUGAUGAUCAGUUAUCUUUGUCACCUGAUGAGAUCAAACCAGCUCGGAAGUCUGCUGAUUGGAAAGCAGCAAGGACAUACAGUGAGAGGGGACUGAUAUUUGAGGGCAAGGUUGAAGGCUUCAAUGGUGGUGGUUUGCUGAUUCGAUUUUAUUCUCUCGUGGGUUUUCUGCCCUUCCCACAGAUGAGCCCUUAUCACUCUUGUAAAGAACCACAAAAGACUAUUCAAGAGAUUGCGAGGGACUUGACCGGUUCUGUCCUCUCUGUGAAGGUAAUCCAAGCUGAUGAGGACAGACGAAGAUUGAUAUUCUCUGAAAAGGAAGCUAGCUGGUUGAAGUUUUCUAAUAAAAUAAAUGUAGGUGAUACUUAUCAAGCAAAGGUCGGUUCAGUUGAGGAUUAUGGUGCUUUUGUUCAUCUACGCUUCCCAGAUGGAUCUUAUCAUCUCACUGGGCUUGUCCAUGUCUCAGAAGUGUCUUGGGAUUUAGUUCAUGAUGUCAGAGACAUCCUCACAGAAGGAGACGAUGUGAGGGUUAAAAUCAUAAAUAUUGACAGGGAAAAAUCUAGGAUUACCUUGUCAAUUAAACAAUUGGAGGAAGAUCCUCUGCUGGAAACUCUGGAUAAAGUAAUUCAUAAGGAUGCAUCCGUCCAUAAAAAUUCCUUGGAUUCGAAUGGCAGCUUGGUUAUUGAGCCUCUUCCCGGGCUUGAAACAAUAAUUGAGGAAUUAAUGCAAGAAGACGGCAUAUACGAUAUUCUAAUCAGUCGACAAGGAUUUGAGAAACGAGUUGUUUCACAGGACUUACAGCUUUGGUUGUCGAAUGCACCAGCUACUGGGGAUCAGUUUACUCUACUUGCUCGGGCUGGAAGACAGGUGCAAGAAAUACAACUGACAACAUCACUUGAUCAAGAAGGAAUAAAAAGGGCUCUGCAACGAGUCCUAGAACGUGUACCAUGAGUCAAAAUGCACGUACAACCCCAAUCUAAAGUUAACGGAGAAGUUCAGAUGGAUCGUUAUUUCAAGUUGUGCAGGCUUUGUACAGAACACUAAAACUACUUCAAAAAAUGUAUAAACAAACAUGUUUAGAAACACAUUUCUUCAGAUAUAGUUCCCAGAAGCUAAAACACAUAUGACUGCAACCCAGCAAAUCAUCUUAAUAGACAUGAUAACAUGAACUCAUGCAACUUCUUGGUA